AAAACCUGUCACUGCUGUAAUACCUUACAGCCCCCAUCGCUGUUGUGUCACUUCCUUGUUCAACAUGGCAACCAGGUGGGGGAUCUGCAGCAGUGGGAAGAUCAGCCAUGACUUCACUGUGGCCCUGAGGACUCUGUCUGCUGAGGACCACCAGGUUGUGGCUGUGGCUGCUCGCAGGUUGGAGGAUGCACAGGAGUUUGCCAAGAAGCACAGCGUCUCCCGAGCGUACGGCAGCUACGAGGAGCUGGCCAGAGAUCCAGACAUUGAUGUGGUGUACGUCGGAGUUAUCCACCCCUACCAUCUGAGUGCUUGCUUGCUCUUCACGAACGCCAAGAAGAAUGUGCUGUGUGAGAAGCCUCUGGCCAUGAACACCAAGGAGGUGAAGGAGAUCCUGGCGUCUGCCGAGAGGAACAACGUCUUCCUCAUGGAGGGCGUCUGGACCCGGUUUUUCCCGGCCUCAGUGGAGAUCAGAAGGCUUCUGGCCCAGGAGGAGGUGGGCGAGGUCAGGCUGGUCAGAGUGGAGUUUGGCGUCCCGCUGAUGCACGUGGCAAGAUCUGUGGAGAAGGAGCUGGGCGGAGGAGCGGUACUAGAUCUUGGCAUCUACUGCCUGCAGUUCAUAUGCAUGGUGUGUAACGGAGAGAAGCCACAGAGCAUACAAGCCACAGGGAUCUGCCUGGAGUCAGGAGUGGAUGAAACUGUGGUCGUCACUCUGAAGUUCUCCAAGAACAGAAUCGCUGUGUUCUCCUGCUCUUCCCGCGUUCACCUGACCAAUGAGGCCGUUAUUGUGGGCACCAAGGGCACGAUCAGGGUCCCUGAACACAUGUGGUGCCCCACGUCACUAGUGGUGAAUGGGAAGGAGACUCAGUACCCGGUGCCUGAACCCCAUUUACCUCUCAACUUCCUGAACAGCACAGGGAUGCGUUAUGAAGCAGAGGGGGUUCGACAGUGUUUGCUCAAAGGGCUGAAGCAGAGUGCAGUUGUGUCUCAUGCUGACUCUCUGUGGCUGGCCGAGGUGGAGGAUGAGAUCCUCAAGCAGGUGGGGGUGGUGUACGACAAGGACGGCCACUGAGUGUUUUACAUGAUAUAGUGAACUUAACAUUCAUAAACUACUGCUAAAUAAAGUAGUUACUUUGUGAGGAUGAGUAGUUUUCAUACUAUUCACCAUAGCUUGCUUCAGUACAGUUAAUGUGUUCUGAUAAAGAUGCUUGAAGCAACUUUAAGUUUAUCUUGAACCUAUCCAGAACUUCACUGACGCUGUACUGCUUUGAUAAUUUGUCAAAAUAAAUCUUCAAUUAAAGUUUG